CUCCUUUGAAGUUCACUAACCUUUUCACGUAGGUUCAUCUUCAUAACCUCAUCCUCCAGCGAUUCUGAUCAUUAGAUUGAUGUCAAAGGAUCCUAACGAGCCACGAUGCCCAUCAAGGUUGAUGAUGUGAUGCAACUGUUCUGCCACCUCUCUCAGGAGAAGGGAAUGAAAGCUGCUGUCAGACACUCAGGUCGAGGAGCGCUGCUGGCGGGUGCAACGGCCUUUAUUGGGGGCUUGGUGGGGGGUCCCCCUGGCAUUGCUGUAGGGGGAGCAUUUGGUGGAUUGCUUGGUGCCUGGAUGACUACUGGACAGUUCAGGCCGGUCCCUCAGAUCUUACUGGAAUUGCCUCCCGCUGAGCGGCAGAAACUCUAUGAUGAAGCCCUUGUUAUUCUCAGGAGCUUAGACUGGACUGAUAUUGUUCAGCUGACUGCUCUUGUAAUGGGAGAUGCUAGUCUCCAGCAAAAGUUGACAGGAGUGCUGAUAAAUUACCUCUCAAAAGAGCUAAGAGCAGAGAUACAGUAUGGAGAAUAAACCUUUCUAGAGCAGGCUUUUUACAUUGUAAUGAAUUUCACUCUGACAGUUGCAAUUCUUCAGUAUAGCAGUUACUAGUUAUCACUACUAAUGAUAAAUCUAGGCAGAUCUAAGUGUUUUUUUUGUUGUUGGGCUUUUUGUGAAGCUAGGAUUAGAUUACUGCAUUAUCCUGAUGUUGACUUGCUAUGUAAUUUUGAUUUAAUGUGCACUGUAAGAUGGGAUUGAAUUCAAAAUCAGUGAAAGGAAUUAGGCUUCUCUUAGGCUAAGGUAGCACUGGGCAAAAUUUUCGAAGUCACUGUGUUUUACAUAGGAGAUUUGAUCCUGUUUUUCAGAAGUGCUUUAAAUUCCUUCUGUAAAUGGCAGAUAGGUGCCAAAGUAGCUUGGGUGCUUGGAAGAAUUUUACCCACUGUCUGUUAAAGUCCUGCAAAGGAAAGCUGUAAGAAGGAAGGGACUUCUACUGUGAACUCAAAAAUCUCAAGCCUUUCUUUAUUGUUUGUUUCAUUUUUAUUGUAAUUCUUGAGUUAUUUAUUCCUUUAUUUAAGAUGUGAAGGAAAUGCCUAAUUGAGACUUAAAGCAACGGGUAAACAAACUAUGCAUAAUUAGUUGUUCCUGAUAUCCUGGAAUGGCAAAGCAUGGCAUUUUUUUAAAAAGGGGGUGAAUCUACCAUUUUUAUACUAUCCCUAGAAUUAGAAUUGUCAUUUGAACAUUGUCUUCUUGACUGAAUCUGAACAGAAGAUUCUAGUUGGUUCUCUAUUUUCAUUAAAAUAUUCUCAAAAAGUUAUAUUACAGUUAACAAUUUAAUCUAUUUUAAAGAAAAUCCCUUUUUCUUGAGAAAAUAAUGUUCUACCAAAUUUCUAAGAAGCAUCAUAGUGGCAUAUGUUUUGCUUUAAAGUAAGUGAAAUCUUUAGGUAUUGGGUGCUGAAAUUUGACCAAGAAGGCAGCCUUCUACUGGCCAGCCAACAGUUAGGAGUGAUGAUAUGGGACGACAUCCCAGCCACGGUUAAUGUAAGCUCCAAGCGUAGGAGUAAUGAUAUGGGACAACAUCCCAGCCACGGUUAAUGUAAACUCCAAGUGAAAUGUUGCUUAAUAUUGUAACCAGUUGUUCACCGUUUGUUUCAAGGCACCUGUAAAACAAGUUCAUGAAUAGAAAAUGUACACAUGUGCCUUCUUUUAUAUAUAAAAAACACAAAUGAAACUA